CAACUUCUGCACAAUGAGGCGGCCAACAGAACCCAAUGGAACAACACUUAUGACUACAUAAUCAUCGGCUCCGGGAGUUCGGGCUCUAUAGUGGCCGCGAGACUCACUGAAGACCCCAACACUAAUGUACUAUUGCUUGAGGCGGGCGGUCCUCAGACAGACAUUACAGAUAUGUUGGCGAAUGCCUGGAUUGGGAUGGUUGGCGAAAAUGAUUGGGGGUAUAUGACUACACCUCAACAAAGAGCCGGCUUUGCAUUUGUAAACCGACGAAUCCUAUACCCUCGGGGUCGUGUAUUAGGGGGUUCAUCGGUCACAAACUAUGCCAUCUAUAACAGAGGUAAUCGUCGAGACUACGAUAACUGGGCCAACAGGUACGGGGCCACCGGGUGGUCCUAUAACGAUGUGUUGCCAUACUUUUUGCGAAUGGAAAACCAGACAAAUCCUAUGUAUGCGGCCAACUCUGCCUAUCACUCGACCUCCGGUCAAAUGCCAAUCGCUUCGGCACCAAAUCCCGACCCAAUUCUACUCAGAUAUAUGGAAGCCUGGGGUCGAGAGGGUUGGCCUACCAUUGACUUCAACGGAGCCACACAAAGAGGAACCACGCUUAUACAACAGGCGGCGUCGCCCACAAACUGGACCCGAGCCUCGACGUCCUCCAGUUUUAUUGAGCCGUUGAUCAGAAACCGUAAUAAUAUUCACGUCGUCUGCAGAGCUUUAGUCACAAGAGUUUUGUUACAAAACACCAAUGGAUUGGCGGCCACUGGUGUUGAGUUCGUCAGAAAUGGUCAGACAUAUCAAGUCAGUGCCCGACGGGAAGUCAUAUUAUCAGCCGGCAGCACAAAUACUCCCCAAAUAUUAAUGCUCUCAGGAAUAGGCCCUCGACAGCACUUACAAGAUAUGGGAAUACCUGUCCAAAUGGACCUCCCGGUCGGCAAUAACCUAAUGGACCACAUAUUGAUUCCAAUCGACUAUUUAGUACAAAAUCAAUCCGACAUUCAGUGGUCAAGAAAUUUGGAUUCAAUAAUGACUGUCCAGAAUCUCUAUGAAUAUUAUGUCAACGCAAACGGACCACUCACUCAAUUGCCGACUGUUCUCACGUACCACAGCUCCAGGUUUAAUGACAACCCCGACUGGCCCGACGGCAUCAGAGCCACACUCACCUCACAAAUCGGCGCAAAUAUAAGCAGCAUUUUAGCUGAUUAUGGCCAGAAUGUGGACGAAUGGGCCGACUAUUGGAACGGUUUAGCCGGAGAUCAAAGACACUUCUGGAUCUUUUAUGCCGUUUAUAGGCCUAGAAGUAGAGGUACUCUUAGGUUGGCCUCAACUAAUCCAAUGGAUGCGCCCCUCAUUGAUCCCAAUUAUUUCCACGAGAAUUACGACUUGGGUGUCGUUGUCGACACAAUGAGCACCGGUAUGCGUAUGACUGAACAGCCAUUCUUUAGACAAUUCGCGAGAAUUUACAACAAAACUAUACCCGGCUGUCAAAUGUGUGAUUCUGGACCUUAUUAUGAAUGCUAUUCAUACCUGGCAUGUGUUGCACAGACCAUAACUGCCACGUCUUACCAUCCCGUCGGCACCUGUCGUAUGGGUAAUGCAACAGAUCCCGACGCUGUGGUGGACAACCAGUUGAGGGUUAGGGGAGUGAGGAAUCUGCGAGUAAUCGACGCCUCAAUUAUGCCUAAAAUCAUAAACGCCAACACAAAUGCCUGUUCAAUGAUGAUUGGGGAACGGGGUUCAGAUUGGGUCCGAUUCGGCCGA